AUGACCGAGCAUAAAUGUGAAUUGUCCUUAAAAAAAGAAAACAAGUUUAAACCAUUGACUUUCAAAAAUAUAUGGGCUACAUGGUGUGGUAUCAGCAAAUACACUCCAAAAUGCAUUUUUUAUAUGGAUAGCACGGCUACAAUAAAUGCUGAAAAAAUAAGGCACACUGGAUCUAAAUAUUGGUGGAUAAUACAUCCAUUCAGCUAUGCUAGAUUAAUGUGGGAUACCUUAAUGGUGGCAAUAUAUUUUAUCGCUUUCUUUACAAUUCCAUUUAUGAUUUGCUUCGUUACAAUGGAUUAUGAAGUAAUUGGUCUGGAUAUAGUGAAUAUUCCAAUUUAUGCGAUCUGCUGGAUAGAUAUAAUGCUCAAUUGUAUUACGGGAUAUUACGACAAGAAGACCAGGUCUAUUGAAUUGAAACCUAUUAAGAUACUUAUAUUCUAUCUUAAAGGAUUUCUUAUGCUAGAUAUGCUAUCAUCUUUUCCAUAUGAUCAUAUGACACUGCGAUGGCGAAGAUUGCCGGGAAAUAAACCUGAUUAUAUCGUUAUUUUAAUUAAUAUCAUGCCUGUCAUGAAGUUGACACGCUAUCAUACUUUCAAUUCAAACAUUUAUUAUCUAUUUACGCAUUUUGAAAUAAAAAUCUUUUUUUUUGAAUUGUGUACUAUCUUAUUGCUAGGAUUGUACUUCAUCUUUUGGUGUUCUUGUUUGUGUUACUUAAUACCGAUUUUAAUUAUGUACUUUGCCAACAUUCCACCGGAAGAAUAUAAGACUUAUUGGAUGAUGAAAAUGAAAGACAUCACUCUCAAGUUAAGAUUCAAGAAUGCUGUAUUUGUUGUAUUGGAAAAUAUAUUAUCAAGUGGCUAUGGUAUAUUCAUACCAGAGACAGAUGCCCGUAUCAUUUUCAAUUGCAUGCUUAUGAUUGUCGGCAGAAUUAUUGUAUGCUAUUUAUUGAUUAUGUUCCUUCGUUUCAAAGCUGAAAAAAAAUCAUCCCAAUCAAAAUUUCAAGAGUUAAUAGAUCAAGUCAAAGCAUACACAAGACAAAAACAAUUAUUACCACAUAUGAAGAAACGUCUUUUAGCUUAUUAUCAUUAUCGGUUCAAAGAUACCUAUUUUCACAGUAAACAGAUUUUAUCAGAUUUGACAGAACCAUUACGAGAAGAGAUUGCGCUUCAGUCUUGUCGACGAUUAAUUGAAAACGUGGCAAUUUUUAAGAAUUUACCAAGAGAUGUUCUGCAAUUAAUAGUGAAGCACUUAAAAUUUGAGUUAUAUUUGCCAAAUGACAUAAUCAUUAAAGCUGGUAGUCAAGGUGAUUGUAUGUAUUUUUUAUCCUCGGGAACUGUUGCGAUUUUGACGCCAACUGGAAAGGAAAUGUGUCAUUUGAAUGACGGUGCCCAUUUCGGCGAAAUCGCACUCUUAAUGGCGGAUCAGCGAAGAAUAGCUAGUGUUGUCGCAAUCGAAGUCUGUGAGUUGUAUCGAUUAGAUCGUAAAGACUUUCGUCAUUGCAUAAACGUACACAGCGAGCUAUUCGCGGAGAUCGAACGCAUCUCUACGGAACGUAUAGAAAAAACUGUCAGAGCUGAGGAACAACACAAGCGUUUUAUGAUGCGUCCUAGUCGCACGCCGAAUUUACGCAAUGAAUCAAAGGAAAUUUGA